AUGAAAUCAUGUCUUCAUUUUGUGGUCAGUCCAGUGGGCGAUACACUCAGCCCUUCCUCAUCGACAGUGUCUCUCAGUUCAGGUGAUCCCCAACUGACCAGUUCUGAGAGGACUCCCAUUCUAAGACAUGUCAGGUUGUUUCGAAACAUGAGCGGCACAUCCAGUCCUGACCGCAACGGUUGCAGUCCUGUCAGACACGUAGAGCUCAAGCAUUUGACCACUUUUUCCGGUGUCUUUACACCCGUUUGUCUUUCAAUGUUUAGUGCAAUACUUUUCUUACGAAUUGGCUUCAUUGUGGGAAAUUCUGGUGUUUUGACCACUUUAUUGGAGUUAUUGUUGGCAUACACUAUAUUAGUGUUCACUGUGCUAUCAAUUUGUGCCAUUAGUACUAACGGUGCUAUUGAAGGCGGUGGUGCUUAUUUUAUGAUAAGCAGAGCGUUAGGACCAGAAUUUGGCGGAAGUAUUGGAACCCUUUUCUUCAUCGCAAACAUAUUCUCGAGUGCUUUAUAUAUCACGGGUUGUGUCGAAGGAAUUAUCAAUAACUUCGGGCCGUCCGGUGGAAUAGCAAACAUUUUACCGGACAGUCACUGGUAUUCAAUACUAUACGGUUCAGUGUUGAACAUAAGCAAUACAAUGAUCUGUUUGGUGGGCGCCUCACUAUUUGCAAAGACAACUGUCAUUAUAUUUGUGAUCGUAAUGAUCAGCACUCUAUCAGUGAUAAUAAGCCUACUUUUCCAGAGUCCACUCGAACUCCUUGUCCCGCAAGAGAACAGUUAUUUCAGAGACCAUUUUAAUGACACUCAUCUGAAUUACACGAGUUUUGCGUGGAAGACAUUCAAAGAUAACUUGAAUCCCAAUUUUGGUGUCGAUUAUACAACCAAUGAUUUGACUACUUUCCCAAUUAUAUUUGGAGUACUGUUCAGUGGCGUCACCGGUAUUAUGGCCGGCGCUAACAUGUCCGGUGAACUCAAAGACGCUGGUAGAUCCAUACCGCGGGGAACUUUAGGUGCCGUCUCUUUUACUUUCGUUACAUAUAUUAUUCUGGUAUUCCUAACGGGCUCUACCUGUCCGGGAACCCUUUUGCAAAACAAUUACCUGUUUAUGCAAUACAUCAACUUCUGGCCCCCAUUUGUGGCGAUCGGUAUAUUCGCGGCCACACUGUCGGCCUCUCUAAGCAAUCUGAUUGGCGCCUCUCGAGUCCUCGAAGCCGUCUCUAAAGACAAUCUUUUUGGUAAACUUUUGCAACCAAUCAAUCGUUUCUCCCGUUCCGGUAAUCCAAUUGCCGCUGUGAUCGUCACGUGGUUUACGGUUCAGUGCAUUAUUCUGAUCAAUAAACUCAAUCUCAUCGCACAAAUCACAUCAGUAUUCUUCUUGUUGUCCUAUUUUGCCAUAAACUUGGCCUGUCUUUCGCUGACACUGACGUCUGCGCCCAACUUUCGGCCCUCUUUUAAAUACUUCUCGGCCAAGACAUCAUCGAUAGGAAUGUUGGGCUGUAUUGUAAUGAUGUUUAUAAUUAACUCACUUUACGCCGCGAUUACUAUAAUCAUGUGUUUACUUCUGGUGAUCGCUCUUCACAUACGCUCACCUCCUGUUCGCUGGGGGUCUAUAAGUCAGGCAUUGAUUUUCCAUCAGGUCCGAAAAUAUCUGCUACUUCUGGACAGUCGUAAAGAUCACGUCAAGUACUGGAGGCCACAGUUCCUCCUAAUGGUGUCGAAUCCGAGGUCUUGUAUUCCGUUAAUAACAUUCGUAAACGACCUGAAAAAGAGCGGACUCUAUAUCUUGGGUCACGUGAAAGUUGGCGCUAUCGAUGACUUUGAUACGGAUCCUGUUCUCGAGGAAUACCCUCUUUGGCUCAAACUUCUCGAUAAACUCAAAGUGAAGGCUUUCGUGGAGGUGACCCUUGCGACCACUGUCAGGGAGGGUUUGCAUCAGUUGUCCCGAAUUGCAGGUUUAGGUGCAAUGAAGCCAAACACUGUAUUAUUUGGUUUCUUUGACGACCAAAUCCCAAACGACUUCUUUGAGAAUAAUCUCGUUUACAGUAAUUUAAGAGAUAUUCUAUUGCGUGGAAACCAAUUCCUAUCACUACGUGAAGACAAUAACAAACGUCUAUUUACUCGCGAAGAAUACGUAUCAAUGAUUUAUGACUCUGUGUUUAGACUCCAGAAGAAUGUGUGCAUCGCUCGACACUUCCAUCUCUUUAAUAAGGAUUUAAUGCUGGCGUCCAACUCGUCGUACAUCGAUGUCUGGCCCAUAAACUUCUUUUGCCCCCAGAUAUCGAUCACAAAUAUCGACAACUGUUGGCUGUUUCUCAUGCAAUUGGCGUGUGUCCUGCAUAUGGUUCCCGGUUGGAAGCACUCGACCCGAGUCCGGGUCUUCAUGUGCGUCGACACCAAAAUCAAAGACGUGUCGCUUCUUAGGAGACAAUGGGAACAGAUUCUGCAGAUGUUGCGAAUCGACGCCUCCAUUCAUGUGGUCAUCUGGGAUCACGUGACCUCACCAUUGGAUCAGUCGUUGACUGACGUGUCUGUUGACACACAAAGCCCUGACUCGCGCUCUUCUGAAUCGGAUUUCAUGAACGAAACCAAUCUAUCGGUGAAUGAAAGUCCGCAACGAUUCGUUUUGACCACACAUUACUUGCAGAGCGUUAAUGUCAUGAUCCAAGAGCACAGUCACAACACGUCUGUGGUGUUCAUGUAUUUGCCGCCUCCGCCCGCCAUUCCUCUCGACUAUCUCUUGUAUUUGGAACGACUGGAUGUGUUGACGAUGAAUCUUCCCCCCACUCUAUUAGUCCACGGCAUCAAUCCGGUCACUUCGACCACACUUUAAGCCUUUUUUAUCGAUC